GCGGUGCCCAGCAGCCCCCGGUGCCAGCCGCGGCCUCCCGCUUGCGCGCACCCGGGGAAAGUUGCGGUCCGUGGGGAGGGAGGGAGCCGCUUGGAGUGGGCCGCGGGGGUUCCGUGGGGGCGCGGCGGUGAGACGGUGCCGCGCCCUCGGCCGCCAUGUCCCGCCGCAGCCAGCGCCUGGUCACCACGCGCUACUACCAGGGCGAUGACGACGCUGCCGCCAGCAGCAGCAGCGGCUCCCUGCCGGGGGGCCCGCAGACCCCCUUCAAGGACAGCGCCGGCAGGACGGUCAGGAGGAAAUCGAGCAGCAUGAAGCGCCUCUCUCCCGGCCCCAGCACCCAGACCACCUACUACAGCGAGUCGGUGAUGAGCGAGUCCUUCCUGGGGGGCGACAGGGGACUCUCCGCCCUGGGCAGCUCGGGCUUUGACGAUGGCCUGGACGGCAGCAGUUUCUGGGGUGGGGAGCUCUCGACGACGAUGACAACAAGGAGGAGGAGAGGCACGGGGGAUACGGAGUCCAGUAAAAUCAACGGGCUGGCGGAAAGCAAGAUGUACGACACCUACGCCUCUUCGUCCGGCUACUCCUCUGAAGAUGACUACGCUGGUCACCUCCACUCCGGCCAGAGCAGCUCUGGGUCGGGGCUCAGGAGCGCAGCCUCCAGCGUGGGCUCCUUCCUCUGGCACGUGGCCUCCUCCCCGGUCCGGUUCCUGGGGUGGUCGUUGUCGUGGGUCGGAGCCGCGUGGCGCCGCCUCACCGGCAGGGCUGCCCUCCUGGACGGCGUCGCCUCGAGGAGUGCGAAGGAAGGCCGCUCAUGGGAGAAGGCAGCUGCAGUGAAACAGGCUCCUCUUUCUUCUCGGCUCUCCGGACGCUACUGGGGUCUGAAGAAGUUCCUGCUGCUGCUGCUGCUCCUCCUGCUCCUCGCUGCCCUCGGCUAUGGGGCUUGGUAUUUCUACCCGUACGGCCUGUCAGCGCUCAGCUUCCCUGUGUUUUCGUGGCGCUCUGCAAAAGUUUCGUCCUCUGCCUCUCGGGGAGCUGAUGUGCCGGGAGGUGGGGAUCUGACCGCCUUCGAUCAGGGGCUGAGCAGCGAGCACCAGCUCCUAGCGCGGUUUCAAGCCCUGGAGAAACGCUUCAAGGUGCUGGAGGCCGAGGCAUCGCGGUGGGAGCUGCAGAGCAGGGCGGCGGGGGGCGAGCUGAAGCAGGGUGAUGUCCUCACGCUGCUGGAGGGGCUGGUGAGCCGCCGGGAGGAGGAGCUGAAGGAGCACGUCCACAACGACGUGGCCACGCACAUCCAGGGCGAGCUGGACACCCUCCGAGCCCAGGUGCAGAUGGAUUUAAACGGGCGCCUGGGGAAGAUCACUCAAGCCUCGCAGGAGAUGGAGGCCCGCUUGUUUGAGCUGAAUUCGGAGUGGCAAAGCUCCACGCAGGAGGGCCUGAGGGGGAGCUUCCAGCAGGAGAUGGACAAACUGGAGCGGCAGCUGGCGGGCCUGAAGAAGGAGCUGGCGCUCCUGAAAUCGGACCAGGAGGUGGUGGGAAAGCACAUGGAAGUGAUGCUGGAGCAGAUUAAGGGAGUGCGGACUGACGUGGAGGCGCAGUUCCCUGCUUGGGUGAGCCAGUUCUUGUCGCAGCCCCGGCAGGACGGCGCAGCUGGCCUCUUCCUCCAGCGGGAAGAUUUGCAAGCUGAGCUCCAUGCACUGGAGCGCAAGAUCCUUGCCAAAGUCUUGGAGGACCGGAGGCUGUCGGCACGGGAUGCCCAGGCUGGCGUUGGAGUGGCCCUGCAGCAAGGGGGAAUUGCAGGGGUAACGGAGGAGCAAGUGCAUCUCAUCGUGAACCAGGCCCUGAAGCGCUACAGUGAGGAUCGCGUGGGGAUGGUGGAUUACGCACUGGAGUCGGCAGGGGCCAGCGUCAUUAACACCCGCUGCUCGGAAACGUAUGAGACCAAGACAGCGCUGCUGAGCUUGUUCGGCAUCCCCCUGUGGUACCACUCACAGUCCCCGCGGGUCAUCCUGCAGCCAGACGUCAACCCUGGGAACUGCUGGGCGUUUCGUGGAUCCCAGGGGUUCGCUGUCAUCCGCCUCUCCAGCCCCAUCCGUCCCACAGCUGUGACGCUGGAGCACAUCCCGAAAGCCCUCUCGCCCCAGGGGACCAUCCCCAGUGCUCCCAAGGACUUCACUGUCUAUGGCUUGAAAGAGGAAGGAGAAGAGGAGGGCGCUCUCCUUGGGCAGUUCAUAUACAACCACGAUGGCGAUCCCAUCCAAACGUUUUACUUCGAGGGUGAAGACUUGGGCACGUUCCAGCUGGUGGAGCUCCGGAUAUUGAGCAAUUGGGGUCACCCUGAGUACACCUGCAUCUACCGCUUCCGCGUGCACGGGGAGCCAGCUCACUGACCCCCUGCCCCGGCUCGCUCGCCCCGGCCGGUUGCCCCGCAUCCCCCAUGGGCAGCGCAGGACGAUGGCGCAGGGAGGACACUGCCUGGGAAGAGAGUGAGAGAGAAUUUGUCUAUUUUUGCUGCUUCACACGUAAAAAUCCUGGGAGGCACAAGCAGCCGCCCUGGAGAAUUUGUUCCCCUUCAGCUUUUCUGCGCUGCCGCUUGCAGAGGGGAAGAGUUUGCUUUUAGGGAGAGGACUAGUCCUCAGAGGAUGGGAUGGUAAGGCAAGAGCGUCCUGCACGCGCCCUAGCACAGCCGAGGCUAUUUUCAGCACGUAUCGGACACUUCAACUUUUUAAGCUAGUUUUGUAUUGGGUCUGUGCAGUCCCCGUGUCCCCUUUUUCCCCACGUCCUUUCCGAGGGCACGUGUAGCCUUGCUGUGGCUUUGGGAAGGCAUCCGCAAUUCUGUAUUGGGCUUCGCGGGGGCUUGGGCGCGUUGCAGCGUUCGUGGCCGUCGGAGCGGUGGGGAGAGUCUCGCGCCGCUGUCGCCUCCCUUCUGCUUGGGGCGGUGGUUCUGCCUCGGCGCUGGGUCGCUAAGGAGCCCGAGGCCUUUAAAGCUGGGUCGGCAGAGGGGGAAUAACGCAGUAUUAGUGCAGUAUUAAUAUAAAACUAAAGAUUGGGGGCGGGCGGGAAAAGCCAAGAAUCCAUGGGUCGUGAUCCCCGGCGCUGCGAUCCGUCCGACCCGGACCCCCGACGGCUGCGGGUUCGGAGAUGCCCAGUGUCUCCCGCUGCCGGCGGGUGCUGCUGGGCCUCCGCAGUGCCAGAAGCGACCGGGAGCCCUCGCGCCGCUCGCGUGCCGGUGCACUUGUCCCUCCGCUCUCUUUGGCUCCCGGUUGCUAAGCAUGAUGAUGCUAUUGAAAACUCCCAUCAUCUGCUUUCUCUUUUGGGUUUGUUCUGGGGUUUUUUUCUAAGGGGGGGGGGAGGUUUGAGGUUAGGGUGUCAGGGCUUUCUUUUGUAAUAACAAAGGAAAAAAAAAUCUUUUUUUUCCGUGCGAUUUCUACUUAACCAGAGAAUGUUCUGCUACGCGGUGCCGCUCAGGCGAGCGGUUUAGAUUCAGAAAGAGCUGGAGCUUGACUUAAUAGGAAAAUAGUGCGCACAAUAAGACAAACUAGAAUAAGAUGAGCAGAGCUGUUUCAGACUUGGGCCUCAAGCCUACAUGGCUUGAUAGCUGGGCUCGAGAAGACAACGUCCGUCGCGAACCGCUGCUGUGCGUCUGCCCGAGCAUCCUCGGAGAAAAGGCGCCCGGCAGAGCUCGCCAGUGGGGCGCUGGGGUCGCUCCUGCCUUCCUGACUUUGGAGGACGCCCUCCAAGUUUGUAACUUUGUAAGGUGUGUGGGCAGCUUGUGUCUGUGACCACCUGUCUGUAGAUGCAUCUGUAUAUAGGCAACCGUACGUAGGGAGCGGGACCUGCUGCCCCCACGCUCUCUACGGCUCUCCCUGUACGUAUACUGGUGAUGACUGGGAGAUGGGGCAGAGAGGGAAGACCACCUGCCAGGGAUUACACCUGCACCCUUGUGCAGGGUGCAAUCACUGCACGUGGCCUGGGGGGAAGGGGACAAGGGGACUGACCGGCAGUAGGUAGCUUUUGGGGACAAUCCCCAUCUGAUUGUUGAAAGAAAAGCCAAGGGCUCCUGUUUAUCAUUUCCGCCCUGUUUGUUGCUGGCAUCAGCGUAGUCCCCAGGCAAUGCAAGUACUGCUCGGAGAGGGCAGGGAGGAGCAUGAGGAAUUGGUUCCUGCUCUGCUCUUUCUGCUUGAAACACGCUGAGGUGAGGGGACGUGGUGGAGGGGAAAGAGCUGAGGAGGCUUCUUCCGUCAGCGCACCCUGAUUUCUGGCAGCCAGAGGCGUUGAGCCCUGCACGCCCAAGGGGCUCAGAGAGGUGGCACCACUGCCCUUUCUGAAGGGGUUGAUUUGUUCCAAGAAAGCAAACGUGCGUGUCGGGUGGAAGGUCAGGGCACUGUCCCACUCCCCAGAUUAUUAACUCUCCUAGAGAGUUAGAGGCCUCUGCUACCAGAAGAAAACAGACCUGCAGCCAGACCCAGAGAAGAUAAAUUUUAUCCUGUAUUGAGCUUAGGCUCAAGUUUUGGCAGCUACAGCUAAAGUUAUUUUCAAUUUGUCUACAACUGCCUGCUUAGCCUUGGAGUCAUGUCUCCUGCUAGGGCCCUGCGUGCACACAGUUAGACUUCUGUGAAUGCCUAGACCUGACCUAGGCUUGGCAAAGCUGUUUCUGUAUUUCAUCUCGUAAGAAACAGCGCUGGCACACAGAGAUGAAACUCUCCCUCUUCACCAGGGUUUCUGUAUCUUUCAGAGCAAAUACCAUAACCACUAGGCUAGAGAGCCAUUUUUUCCUCCUGUCCCUUCUGGCUCCCUGGCCUCUUUCCUUACACGGUUUGGACAACCAGGGUAGAGAGCACAGGGCAAAGAAAAAAAAGACCUUUUAGUAAAUAAGGCACACUGGUGAGAGGUUUCCCCUGCUCCUUCUGAGGCUGUCUUAACCACUAUUUAGGGGCAAGGAGCUGCAGGCUUUGACACAAAGAGCUUGCUCAUGUCCUUUAGCACUGAAAGGAAAAGUGGGUCCCUGCAGGAGAAAGCUCAGACUGCCAUUUGCGGGUAGAACACCCUGGAGACAGAACUGGGAGGAAAGCCUGUCUUCUAUGCUCCUUUUUUUAGUGGUUAGUGCUGAUUUGGGGGCUCUCCCGGUGCUGACUGUGUCUGGGUACCUGGUUGGGCAUGCUGAGCUUGGGCACUGAAAGGUCAAGUGCAGUUUUUUCAGUCCCUACGCUCUGUGUUGGAUCCGGGCUGCAGCAUGAGCAACCGCAGGGAGUGCCUGCUGGAGUGCCCACUCAGCUGCCUCGGUCUGCCUGCAGCUUGCAGCAUUUAUAUAACACUUCUCCUGCGCUCUACAGCUGCAAGGGAGAAGAGGGCAUGUAACACUGCUACAUCAGCCUGGUGCAUCUCCUAGCCCAAGGCUAUUUGAGUCCAGUGCUGAUGCACAAGGUGAACACAGUGAGACAAGUGAAAUGAAACAGCUGUUGGAGCAUACUUCCCUUAUUUACUCCCUUUGCCUCCUUUAUUUUCCCUCAGUCUCUGUUUUCUCUAUACAAGUGUUACAAAUUAACCCUGCGUAAGUGGGUGGUUACAGGGUAAGAGAUGAAUUUGUAUUGAAUUUUGUAGCCUGUUGCAAAUGCUGCACUGUUUUGUUCAUUUUAUUUUUUAUCAACAGAUUGUAAUUUAUGCCUAUGCAAAAAUAAAAAUAAAUUAUAUCAAAA